UGAAAUAUUAUCCCUGCGAAAUAGUGAAGAAUCACACGCAGUGAGACAUUUCCGUACCCUCGGACUUUUCGGAACCCAUAUGUUAACAAACAAGAAACAAGACACCCAUUUCACUUAUGCCUUCCAAACUCAACAACAAAUCUAAAUUUCAAAUUUUUUCAUUUUCUGCCCCACAAAGAUCCUUCAUUCUAGUUCUCCAAUUUUCAAUGAUGAAGAUGGGUAACUUGGUUCCAUAGGACCCACCACCACCCAAGAUUUUCACCGUUUCCUUUUCGCUUUUGUUGUCGUAGUGCCACGUGUUUGUAUUAUAAAGAUUCAUCAUGGUUACGAAAGGGAACCCUGGGGACCAUAGGAAUAAUAGGAAUUCAGUGCCUAUUUUCAUCAUAGUUGGCUUGUGUGGUUUCUUCUAUGUAUUGGGUUUGUGGCAACGGAGUGGUUUUGGAAAGGGAGACAGUAUAGCUGUUGAGAUUACUAAACAGACAGAUUGCAGUAUUCUCUCUGAUCUAAACUACGAGACCCACAAUGGGGAUGAUGCUGAUGCUCCUAAUGCACAAGUGAAGGAGUUCCAGCCGUGUGACGAUCGCUACAUUGAUUACACGCCUUGUCAUGAUCAAGCACGAGCAAUGACAUUUCCCCGGGACAAUAUGGCUUAUAGAGAAAGGCAUUGUCCUCCUGAUGAAGAAAAACUGUAUUGUCUCAUACCUGCCCCUAGAGGAUAUGCAACACCGUUUCCAUGGCCCAAGAGUCGCGAUUAUGUACCAUAUGCAAAUGCACCUUACAAGAGCCUGACAGUUGAGAAGGCUGUGCAGAAUUGGAUACAGUAUGAAGGAAAUGUUUUCAGGUUCCCUGGUGGUGGAACACAGUUUCCCAAGGGAGCUGAUGCUUACAUUGAUGAACUUGCUUCUGUUAUUCCAGUGGAUAAUGGGAUGAUUAGAACUGCAUUGGAUACUGGCUGUGGGGUUGCUAGUUUUGGUGCAUACUUGUUCAAGAAAAAUGUUGUUACCAUGUCAAUUGCACCACGGGACUCUCAUGAAGCGCAAGUUCAAUUUGCUUUGGAAAGAGGUGUUCCAGCAAUCAUUGGUGUUCUUGGAACAAUAAUGCUUCCCUUCCCUUCUGGAGCUUUCGACAUGGCACAUUGUUCUCGCUGCUUGAUUCCAUGGGGUGGAAAUGAUGGAAAGUACAUGAAGGAAGUUGACCGGGUUCUUAGACCUGGUGGUUACUGGGUACUCGCUGGUCCUCCUAUCAACUGGAAGAAUAACUACCGAGCAUGGCAACGUCCUGAAUAUGAGCUGGAGGAGGAGCAACGGCAGAUUGAGGAUACUGCUAAACUUCUUUGCUGGGAAAAGAAAUAUGAAAAGGGUGAAAUUGCUAUCUGGAAAAAAGCAUUACAUAGUGAUGAUUGCGGUGAACAAGAUGCUAAACCUACAAUGUGUGAUACCACAAAUUCUGAUGAUGUCUG